UUAUUACUCAUAAUUAGGACUAUAAUGAUUGGGAGGGACGCCCACGAGUACCAAGACUUCCUUACGCUUCACAAAGCACAGCUAGUUCACGCAGGAAUACCUGAACGGUAUUACCGAACUGUUUUUGAGAAGAUUGAGUUGGAGAAGUAUGAUUCGGGGGAUUGCAUGAUGAUGUUAACUGACGGGGAAAAUUGGCAGGUCCAGUCCACAUCCACUAUUGAUUCCAGCGACGCCAACACCAUCUUCCUUGUGGAUCACUGUUGGACCUUCCAUGCUGAACAGGUAAAGAAAGCUCUGAGAUCUAUCCCAGGUCUUGCUCAGAGGAUGUCUAGUCUGACUGGAGUUGGUUACCCUGAUGGUGACGGCUACGAGUCGGAGGAGGAGACUGGCCUUGAGGAACUGAUUGAGAAGUUGUCAGAGAAGAUUUGGGAACUGGCUGAAACAUACACCAUCCAGAAGGACACCGAGAAACUAACUGUUUGUUACAUGAUGGAUGAGCUUGGUUCACGGAUCCAGCACUCAGAGACCCCAAACAUGAAGAUGGCACCCUUUUUCCACAUCACCAAACAGUUUGCUGUGACCCUGAUGUGGCCAAUAGAGGAUGAGAUAGCGUCGGAGACUGUCAUCACACGAGACAUCACUCUCGGUGAAAGUGAUCCUGGCAAGCGGUCCGCUCGACUUGCUAUUUUCCGAGAUCACAUUGAUCUGGACCGGGAUAAUUUGCGGAUGGAAGAAGUGGAGAAACUGAACCCUUACAAAUUGUAUGGAAGGAAGGACCAGACUCUCCCUGAAGAAGUUCGAUGUGAUUCGGAACACCCAGCUUUCCUUCGUAUGAAGGCAGCCUCUCCAUCCGACCCUAUUAAAGUUUUUACAGAUUUGAAGUUCAUGGCGGACUCUCUUUCUGACCCUCUCUUUAAAGUGGUCAACUCCGACAAGGACGCUGACUUUAUCUCAACUUCAAGCAACUUUGAUAAGUUCAAAGAGUUCUAUGAGCAGCGCCCCACAAAAAUCAUAAAUCAGUUCCCCAACGAGAACGUGGUAUGCUGCAAGGAUCUGUUGCUGAAGGUAGCAAGGAGGUGUAAAAUAGAUGACCAGGACCGGGAGCGCUCUGAUGAGCUGAUAAUCGCCCGUUUGAACAGCCCAAGUAAGAGCUGGGCUGAAGACAUGCACCCCCAGUGGUGCCCGGUAGGGUUUGAUCUGGUGAACGAGUUGCCAGUUUUUGUGAGAAAUUUCCUUGAGCGUGAGGAAGCAGGUCUUGAUAACUCCUGGAUUAUCAAACCUUGGAAUCUGUCCCGCGGACGAGGUACCUACGUCACCUCUAACCUUGCAAUGAUUGUCAAACUAGCGUACACUUCUCCGAAAGUGGUACAGAAAUACAUUGAGAACCCCGUUCUCUUCUUCCGAGGAGAUAUUGGUCGGGUAAAGUUUGAUAUCAGAUAUGUGGUUCUUCUGAAAUCUGUUGAACCGCUGAAGUUGUACAAAUACAACGUGUUCUGGCUGAGGUUUGCCAACCAAGCUUUUGCUUUGGAUGAGUUUGACGAAUACGAGAAGCACUUCACCGUUAUGAACUACAAUGAUGCCACAGAAUUAAAACAAAUCGGUGACGUGGAAUUUCUGGAGAUGUUCGAACAGCAAUAUCCCGAUCAGUCCUGGACGGAAAUCGAUCAGAAGCUCUGUUCUAUGAUCAAGGAAUGUUUCGAAAGUGCUGUAUCCCUGCCACCUCCACGUGGCAUUGCCCACUCAGCCCAAUCAAGAGCUAUCUACGCUCUGGAUAUGAUGCUGAAGUGGAACGGUGACAAGACUGAAAUAGUUCCCCAACUCCUCGAAGUUAACUUUAAUCCUGAUAACCAGCGCGCUUGUCAGUAUCACCCUGAGUUUUACAAUCAUUGUCUCAAGACCCUUCUGUGCGAGGAUGUGAGUGGCAUUCCGGUCACUGAAAUCAGUUGACAACACUCUUAAAGGGGGAUUCUUAUAGUUCAGGAAUGUUUUUAAUCGUUAUACUUAUUAUAUAAAAUCUUUUUUUACGGUGACUGUGACGAAUAUGAGUCUGAGAAUGGACCGUUCGCGUUCUGACUUGUGUAUUUAUGCGAACUCAGUGAUGGGAAAUUUAAAAUAAAGUUUCAUAUGUGUGCAGAGUUACGAGAACAUUGUUCGAGUGCUUAUAGUUUUAGUGGCCUCCAAUUGAAGUACAGUUUGGAGAGAUUUGGUCAUAGUUGGACUGAUAUUCUUAACAGUUAUCCUGAUGAAGACUAAUUUAUUACAAACUAUAUAUUAUAAGAGCUAUUAUAUUAAUAGGUUAAAGAGGUUUAAUUUUAGCAUUAUAUUUUUAAAAAUUGAGAACUAUGUGUCAAUGAUUGUGUCCUUAUUAAGUCUUGAACUUCAACAUGUAUGCUCAAAUACUGUGUAACAUCAUUUUUGAUAAAAUUAGAUUUU